ACUGACAUGUUCCCACCAGGAACGGUUCGUCCCCGGAGAGUGGCGACUCUUUUCUGGGUCUGCCUAUGGACUGCGGUGGCGGCAAGAGAGGUACCAAUUCAAAUGAAAUCUCACCGGUGGUCUAGGUCUCGCUGCCAAAACGAUAACGCGUGUCCGGAGAAUGAAUAUUGCUAUGAAGCUGAGAAACGGUGCUGCUCUAAUUGUCCUCCAGGAUUCUACCGAAAAGAUUUCUGCACAUCCAAAAACGAUACAUCGUGUGAACCUUGUAAUCACAUCUCAUACAAUGAGGACUGGAAUCAUUCGUACGAGUGCACAGUUUGUGUGGGAACUUGUGCAAAUGAUCAGGUUGAAGUUCAAAGCUGUUCCCGAACAAGAAGACAGAAGUGUGAGUGUAAACCGGGAAUGUACUGUAAAUCUCCGAGUCUCAACUAUUGUGAUCAGUGUGUUCACUACACGAGGUGCACCAUGGGAGAGGAGCUGAUUGACGCAGGAAAUCAUCGUAAGGACAAUGUUUGCAAACCCUGCCCCACGGGCACCUUUUCCAAUGUACCAGGUGCUAAGUGCCAGCCUCAUACCAACUGCUCCCUGUUAAAUAAGCAUUUAGUGAAAGGAGGUACAACGUCUGAAGAUGCUGUCUGUGGCCAAGUAAUAACCAGCACCAUAGCAACCAGCAUCCUCACCAUCUUCACCCUGCAGCCUAUUGACGAGAAACUGAAUCUGACAACUGUAUCCACUGCAGUCACAACACCUAAAGGAAACAGACAGAUGGUCGAUUUGUUUUUGGCGAUUGGGUUAAUUCUUGCGUUCCUACUGAUCCUCAUUGUUUCAAGUUUGCUGUUCAGACGCAAGGAAUAUUUCAAAAGCUUGUUUUUAUCCAACAAAACUAAAGGCCCCGUCUAUAUUGUGACCCCUUACCGUAUAUACCUGGGCAUGGAGACCGGCAACAGUGCCAAUGCUGAUCAAGAAGAUCCCAUCAUUCAACAUCCCGAAUCCCACAUUCAUUUUCCACAGCAGGAGUCAGUGAAGUCGCAGAAUACAGGAGAGAGUCACAUUUACCCAGUGGAGGAGGAGGGGAAACUGUUCCGGGACCCCGUGCCUGCUGCUGACUAUUAGGAAACAAACUGAGCUGAACUGCCGUUGACAGACAAAUAAAAGGAAUAUUGGAAACGUUGUUAAACUUGGAGUGGUGUUUCCGGUGGGAACGUGAUGCUUGGACUAAUCCAGCAGGCAUGGCCAUCCUUUUCCAAUAGUUUCUAAUAUCGGACAGAAUGCAGCUCCUUUCUAUGUUGGAUUGAUGUCUCAGUGCUGACUGGGAGACUCAAUGUUUUUCCUUUGUGACCUGUUUUCCUGGAAUCUGAUUUUUUUUUCAAAGAAUCUUUAUUUCCUGCUGUGUGUUAGAUUGACCCUCAGAGCUGGGUUUAACUGGCUGAGAGGCUGGAUUUCAGAGUUUUCUUUGAGAUUAGCUGCAAGCUGACCUGCAAGUGCAGAGUCAUGGGUUCUUCGUCAGAGUCCAAGCCCCUAGAGCUCACUAACUAUAGCUGAAUGUUGGGAGACCGUUUGUACAGAUACAACAGAAAAGGAUUAGGUGAGUCGCCGAGAAUCAGUGUCUGAAUCGGUGAAUAAUGGGGAUGGAAUUUGAGUUCUUUGACCCGAGUAGCACUUAGGGUAACAGCUGAACCAAUGAUGAGCAUGUGGUGAGUUCACCCUUACUGUCACACCACAUUAGAGCUGAGAGGCAAUGUAUAGAUAGAUAGAUUGGGACAGUGAUUCCAUGAAAUAUCAACACCAUUUCUCUUGCACUGAAGCAAACUUCACAGGUAAGAAUUUGCUAAUGUUUGGGUACCUGGUGGUGGAACACUCAGCAACAGUUCAUUUUAUUCUUUUAUGAGAUGUGGACAUCACUGGUAAGGUCUAUGUUUGUUCCCUAUUCCUAAUUGCUCUUGAAUGGAGUUGCUAACCCAUCCAUUUUUAAAUAGCCAUGAGACACAGGAAAGGGUGUGGGGGAAGCUGGAACAGAUUCAUCUCUAGGUCAUUUCAGGAAGCAAUUAAAAGUCAACCACUUCAGGUCUGGAGCUGCAUGUAAGUCAGACUGGAUAGGGUUUGGCAGAUUCCUGUUCCUGAAGGACAUUAGUGUACCAGAUACCAUUUUGCGAAAAAGAAUAAUGGUUUAAUGGUCACCAUUGCUGAGGCAAGCUUUUAAUUCCUGAUUUUAUUAGUUGAAUUUAAAUUCCAUCAUUCACAGUUUACGAAUAUCAAUCUGAGCUGUGAGGUGACAAUCUGCUCCGUUGAUCAAGUUAUCAAAUCCAGACAUCACUGCCCUGCUUCUACCGUCAUGGGUGAGCCAGGAUGGUAGUGCCAGUCUGUGUCAAGUUGUGUCCGUGCCAACUGAAAACACCUUCCCUCAAUCCAGUUUCUCUUCCUUCAUGCUACAUGUUGUCAAUACCAUCAAAAUAAGAUGUUUUUUCUAACAGGGUUCAGUGGACACUGCCCUUGUCACUGACUCUUGUCCUUCAAGCCUGGUCCUUGGAUUUCAAGUUUGGUAAAUGGGCACAGGUACUGGACUUUUGGAAAGGUGCUGACUGACUCGGCCUUGGGAUUGUGGAUAGGGUGUGGGUAGAAAGGCUGGAUGCCUGUAGGCUGAGAGUAUGCUUUGUGCAGUGAGUGAGGCCAAUGAUUGGCUAAGUUCACCAUUGCUAAAUCAUUAAGCUUAUGGCUCCUGUAUUGUUGCUUUUGGGGUUUGUUUUUUUUUCCCCUCAUGUAGCAUGAUAACUGCAGACCUGCAUUGGUCAGGGUGUCUGUUUCUGUUGCCUCCAUUGUUGGAUUGUGAACCUGUCUGUGUAAGAGCCUUACUAUGACAUUUCAUAUUAUCACUUGUAACAUAGAGAAAUGGAACUGUGAUCAUCACCAAUAAACUGCUGGAUCAUUAUAGUAAAUGAGCUGCCUCCAAAUACCAUAACCUGUAUUAUAGAGUUAUACACUAUGGGAACAGACCC